GGGUGAAAGGCAAGAGGAAAUGCCAUGCCAUCGCCCCGGUGCUCAAAUUUCUCUACGUGUAGACUGCUGUUAAAGGAGCCGUUAGGCCUACUACUUCCAUCUAGCUCUCUAUUUGGUUUAUAUGGUUAUAGUACGAUAUGUGAGAGAACAUGCUGUUACAUUAGCGUUUGCUUAAUCGACUGGAUCCUGAAACUGCUCACAACCAGAGUGUCUCCUCCUACCGCUGAUCUGACAGUCUCCGCGGCACAGGCAGACGGUGCUGGGUGGAUAACGUUACCUGAAAAUGCGCUGAAAAGGGGUAUAGCAAGCACACUUUGUUUGGAUGAUAUAGAAUAUGCAAGAAUGUGUUGCCCUGCUCUUCUUCUGCCGCUGAGAGCCCAAAGCUCCCCGGAUCAAGUGGAAAAACCCAGGUGGUAGUGACAUGGUUACCAUCAGAUCGGAAAAUAUGGCACCUCAGCAACCUUCCAGCAUGGAGGAGCAGUCGGGGGAGCUAUGUGAGCCUGAAUCUGAGGAGGGAGAAAAACAAGGAACAGGACCCCCUUCUGAUCAAGCUCAUCCAGUUGGCUAUGAUGCUCCAGAUGGAGGCUGGGGAUGGGUGGUCCUAGUGGCUACUAUCCUUGUCUUAGCUCUGACUCUGGCCUUCCCCUCCUGCAUUGGCAUCUUCUACUUAGAUCUUCAGGAAGAAUUUCAAGCCAGUAACAGUGAGACAUCUUGGGUGCCAUCGAUAAUGACGGCAGUUCUGCAUGCCGGAGGUCCUCUGUGUAGUGUUCUGGUGGAACGCUUUGGUUGCCGGGCGACAGUGAUGUUUGGGGGAGUGCUGAGUGGUUUUGGGAUGGCGGUCAGCUCUUUCUCACAUACCAUUGUUGAUUUAUACAUCACCACUGGGGUCAUCACAGAAUACCCCUGCACCUGUGUUCCAGGAAUCCUUGUGGACCGUACUGACCAGUACACAUAUGUGUUCCUGGCCUGCAGCAUCUCAGUGGCCUUAUCAGCUCUGUUCCUUAUGGUUUCCUUUUACUGGCUGGACUCCCGUGAUGCAGCCCAGAAGAACAGUUCACCAGCGUCUGGGUCUCCAGCUAAGCCUGCAGUCAAUUUACCCACGGACUGCCAGUACAGCAGUGUGCCUACAGAUGGGGACAAGACAAAUAAGCCAUCAUCAGAGGCAGAAAAAAUCACAAAUGUAUGACCUGGAUCAGAGUUAUUUAUGUCUUUGUAAUCGUGAUCCGUAUCAAGUACAGAAAUAUGUUUCUUUGCCAUUUGUGACCCUGGACCACAAAACCAGUCAUAAGAUUUAUACAUCAUCUGA